GACCACCGUAAGUAGUUAGAAAUGGAGAAAUACAUCAUAACUCUUGCUUUCAUCGCCAUCCUACACUACCCUUUUCAAUGUUUUGUUCGAUCUUUAAAAUCUCUUCUCGCCGCGCGUGCUAUGAACCUUCCCAUUUUUUGGAUGCCUAUUCUACAAGAUGGUGUGCUGUGGCAGCUGACGAAGCGAUUCUACCGUCCGCUUAUCUCACAGCUACCAUUGCGGCUUCGACAGUCGGAGUGGUUUGACCUAUGGUAUCCUGACUGGCGAUUUGUCGCUAAACAUGAGCUUCACAAGAAGUAUGGAGAUGUGUUCCUGGUGGUCUCGCCGGGCAGCUUAUCAAUCGAAGUUGCCGAUGCAGAGCUCGCAGCAGAGAUCAUUACUAGAAGCAAAUAUGACUUUGUGAAACCCAACUGGCCGUACUCUUUGUUGAACAUAUUUGGUGAAAACGUUGUCUCGUCUGGAGGAGCGACCUGGCGGCGGCACCGGAAGGCUACGGCUUCCCAAUUUGGCAGCACUAUCCACAAGCAAGUUUGGAGGAAGAGCCUCAUCCUCGGGCAAGAAUUACUCUCCAUGUGGACGAAUCACGGCGCCACUAUCUCUACAGUCCCAAACAUUUCACUGGAUUUGGAAUUCCUCGUCCUCCGUGUGAUUCUCUCGGUGGGUUUUGGCGUCACUGUACAAUUAAAUCGGAAAACACACGAGUCGGAUCCGCCGAACGUAGGGGGAAUCUCUAGCUUUGCAGCAGCUAUGGAACAAGUAAUCACUAACUUAACUAAACUGCUGGUAUUUCCUGACGGCAUUCUGAAAUAUGGUCCAAGUAGCUGGCGGUCUGUCCACGGAUCAGCUACUUGGGUUCGGACCUUCCUGGAGAAUUUGAUUUGGACUGAAACACGGAAGCAGAAGCAGAGCUUGACGUUUACUGGCCAUUAUCAAGAAGCCAGCAAUAUGCUGACUGGGCUGGUGAGACAAGGUAUCUGUCACUCUGAAAGCCAAAAAUACCGAGAGAAACAAGACCUUCUAUCAGAUGAAGAGGUCAUGGGCAAUAUGUUUAUCUUGGCAUUUGCAGGCACCAAUUCAACCGCUGAUUCGUUGAAAUAUUCCCUUAUACUCAUGGCUUUGCACCCUGAUAUUCAACAAUGGUUGAUUCAAGACAUUGAUACGGCAAUUGACUAUGAUGAAGACGCGGCGAAUCCACUAGAAUGGAGGGAGGAAAUUCUAUUACCCAAGCUGAUUGCUCCAUAUUGUAUGGAAACAUUACGCCAUUAUCCCCCAUUGACUGCCAUAAACAAGUCGACUGGUCGCAAAUCACAGAUUGUAACCUUGCAUGGUUCCCCGUUUGUUAUCCCAGAAGAUGUCAAUGUCAACAUAUCAUUAAAUGCAUUGCAUCACAAUCCGAGGUACUGGGGGGAAAACGCAUUAGUCUAUCAGCCUCACAAUUGGGACAUAAGAUGCAAGUGCGACUGGCCGGAAGGUAUGGACAAAGAUAAAGAUGCUCAAGAGACGCUUGACAUCACCUCUAGAGCUCCUCCUGUGAGAAGUCCUGUAAAGGGGUCCUACCUUCCAUUCAGUGACGGUGCCCGUGGAUGUCUAGGAAAAAGGUUCUCACAAGUGGAAUUUGUGGCGAUAGUGACCAUGAUUUUUCGACACUAUCGAAUAGAGCUUGCGGUGGGAGAAUCAGAAUCGUGGGAGGAUGCCAGGUGUCGGACACAGGCCAUCCUCAAUGAUAGUGCCUCUUCGCCGACGCUGUCUCUUCAGAGGCCCGUGCCGCUGCAGUUUGUGCGAAGGGGGCAUUGAAUGGCUGGGAAAGGUGUCUGGCGGCUUGUUGGACGGGACCGCCAGUGUGGAAUGCCAUGUACCCGAAAAGGAGUGUGAUAUUGUAAUGAAGGCACUGACCAGUAGGUUCAGAUGACUUGCAUGAAUUAUCUAUACACAAGUACUAAGCAUAGCCAGUUGGCUAAUAAAAAUCACUGACCCGUUUCCUUCGCAAUAACCUCAUGUAUACCCUAUAAGAAGAUGGCAAUCAAACUUUACUCUGAACUACAACAAAUAAAAAAGCUUCCAUAGUCAUUGCUCGCCUAGAGCUAAAAUGGAUAUCUGCCAGGACGAGAAAUUGAGAUACUGGCUAGUGCUGGGCAUGUCCAAUAGAAUCAGAUGAUUGAUUGAAGGUAUUCUGAU